CUCUUACUGAAUACCAGGCUGAGUUAAAACUACUGCGGCACGUCUCUCUCUUUUUCAAAGACAGUUUCACGCACGCUCUCUCUCUCUCUCUCUCUCUCUCUCUCUUUCUCUCUCUCUCUCUCACACACACGCGCGCGCGCGCUCCUUCAGUCUCUCCCACCCCUCUCUCACUCUCUGACACUCUCCGCAGGAUCCGGACGGCUCCAUCAUGCGUCUCAGAGCAUCAGCGUCUCAGAGCAUCUCCGGGAAACUAAAGCGCGCACCCUUUUAAAGUGCGGGUUGAUUUCUUUCUCUUUUUUUGUUUUUGGAGAGGACGCGGAGAACCGCCAAGUGAAGCACAUGCGUGGAUGAUUUUAGUGGAUUUUUGAGUGCGUUUCUGAAACGCGGCGUCAUGUCUGCGAGAUAAGCGCGCCUCUCUUUCAGUGUGUGUGUGUCUGUGUGUGUGUGUGAGAGAGAGAGUGUGUGUGUGUGUGUGUGCGCGCGCGCGGUGUGCGCGCCCGUGUAUGUGAUGUUACCUUGUGGAAGGUGUGCAACGGGAAAGACGCUGGCUGGACUCGACAUCUGCAAUUGAUCUGCCGUGUUUCUGGAGCACCAUGUCCCUGGAAUGAAUGGGAAAAAAAAUCCAAACAUGGAUAUAAUCUGGGAAAUACUGAUCAUUCUUCAAGCCAAUUUCAUCGUUUGUACAACAGCUCAGCCAGGUCCGCCCAAAAUUCACGAGGGAUGGUGGGCGUACAAAGAGGUCGUUCAAGGGAGCUUCGUUCCAGUUCCAUCCUUCUGGGGUCUUGUGAAUUCAGCAUGGAACCUGUGUUCGGUGGGAAAGAGACAGUCUCCAGUCAACAUUGAGACCAGCCAUAUGAUAUUUGACCCCUUCUUGACACCACUAAGACUGAACACUGGGGGCAGGAAGGUGGGAGGGACCAUGUACAACACCGGCCGCCACGUCUCGCUACGUCUGGACAAGGAGCAUUUGGUGAACAUCUCGGGUGGACCGAUGACGUACAGCCACCGACUGGAGGAAAUCAGGUUACACUUUGGCAGCGAAGACGGACAGGGCUCGGAGCAUCUCCUCAAUGGCCAGGCCUUCUCUGGGGAGGUACAACUGAUCCACUACAACCACGAGCUCUACACUAAUUAUACAGAAGCUGCGAAGAGUCCAAACGGCUUGGUGAUCGUGUCAAUAUUCAUGAAGAUAUCCGAGACUUCAAAUUCCUUUCUGAAUCGGAUGUUGAACAGAGAUACCAUCACUAGAAUAACCUAUAAGAAUGAUGCUUAUUUACUAUCUGGGCUAAACAUCGAGGAGGUGUAUCCCGAGACGUCGAGUUUCAUCACCUACGAAGGAUCGAUGACUAUCCCGCCGUGUUUUGAGACCGCGACAUGGAUUCUAAUGAACAAGCCAAUAUACGUCACAAAAAUGCAGAUGCACUCCAUGCGACUGCUCAGCCAGAACCAGCCUUCGCAGAUCUUCCUCAGCAUGAGUGAUAACGUGCGUCCGGUCCAGCCUCUGAACAACCGCUGCAUCCGCACCAACAUCAACUUCAGCAUGCAGGGCAAGGACUGUCCCAACAACAGGGCCCAGAAGCUGCAGUACCGAGUGAAUGAAUGGCUGCUGAAAUAGACCGCUUUCAUGGAUGAGCCCAAAUAUUAAACAAGACACCGAGAGAGGGAGAGGAAAAAAAAAAAGGAUGAAAGACAGCGGAGGAGCGAACGGACUCUAGACUGCAUCACAUUUGUCCUGCCAGAUAGUCAUGACAUUGUAAAGGGGGGAGAAAAGAAAAAAAAAUAAAUAAAUAAAUAAAUUAAUGAAUUCAUAAAUAAAUAAAUAACUUCAGUAAGAAGAGACUUGGGCAAAAAUGACUCUGUUUCAUACAUCAGCUCAAAACCAGUGAAGUACAAAUAGGUUUUGAUACUUUUUUUGGUGAAGAAAAAAAAAAAAAAGAAAAAGAAAAAAAAAAAAAAAAAAAGAAAAUCCAUACAAAAAUUUAAAUAUUUAUUUCAUAUUCACUUCACAAAAUGGAACUAAAGAUGUCUUUUUAACCUUUGUACAUAUGGAUACCUUACUGCAAAGCGUUCAAACCUUCAACAACAGGAUGGACUUUGAGCCGGAAACCGAAAUCGGGAGCAUCCUCAUAACUGCAUCGUCUUAAUCAUGACUCCGGGAAACGGCGGAGAGGACGACGAGAGACGAGAAUGACAGGACGACGGCUGCCGCGCUAAUGACGCUACGACGCAAUGUACAUGAUAGCUGUUUUUGAGACACAAUGAUGGUUCUGGCCUUGUAAAUAGAAUUAUUCAUGCUGAAGAUUAACAUGUAAAGAUACAAAUCAACGUUAAAAAAGAAUAUAUCUGAGGGAAAAAUAACUGAAAAAAAAAUAAGUUGAAUAUUUUAUGCUUGGCACACUGAAUUUCUGGAGGAGAGCUGAUGCCUUUUUUUCUGUUUUAUUGUUUACAAUGGUCCUACACUGUGUUUGUUUAAUGUUAUCGGCCCAAUAAAUGUGUUUGGAACGUC